AAACAAUUUUUAUCAGUAAUGAAUAAUGAUAACGAUUUUGUGAAUUGUGAUUAUUAAAUAUAAAAUUAUGGAUUUUUAUGGAUGGAAUGCUUGAAAUAAAGCCAUAAUUUUAAUAGAAAUUUCAACGUAAUUUGACGUAAAUUUUUCGCUGUACGAAUGUCAGUCACAUUCAUAACAUAACCAUGCCGAUGAAAUGUAGUGCUCCGUUGUGCCGUGGAAAUUAUAGCACCGGUGAAAAAGUAUCCGUAUUCAAGUUUCCCGCUAAUGAUGAUCUGAGGAAGAAGUGGAUCGCUGCCUUGAAAAGAGAGAAAACAUUCGUUCCAUCAAAAUGUAGCAGAGUUUGCGAGAAACACUUUCCACCAGAGGAUAUUGAACGAGACCUUAUCUGUCAUGAUAGAAGAACUGGAAGAACAUUAUCAACACCAUUACCACACCCUCGGAUUCGAGUCGGUGCUGUGCCUUCAAUAUUUCCAGAUCGUCCUAGUUACUACACAAAAGUUGUGAAAAAACGAGAAAGUGUUGAAGAACGGCGUCUCAGAAAGGAUCGAGAAAAACUUAUUCAAGCAGCUGAAGCAACAAGUAACAAUACUAGCGUUACCAUUGCCCCUAGCAAAAAACACGUUGACGACAAAUCAUUCUCUACUUUCAACGAAUUUUGUGAACGUUUAAACAAAUAUCCACCUCAGAGUUCGAAAUUGACAUGGACAAUUGUGAAAUAUGAAAACGAUUUAAUACUCCUCGAUAUAAUGAAAGAACCAAUACCGAAAAUACGAAAUUCUGUAAUUGUGAACAAGGAAUGUAAAGCUGUAGUCGUAACGAAUGAUAUUCGUUUAAACAAAAUGGGAAAUUUUCAUUUUCCUUUCGCUUUAGAAAACAUCAACCAACUGCAUGAUAUUCUGAAUGAGAUUGAACGUAAAACGCAAUCAAUCCACCAUAUGAAAUUUGAAAUAAAAUGGUCUCAUUGAAAUAGCUUUAAGUAAUUUUGUUGAUUAUUGCGUAUAUUUUUAUUCGUUUCAAUUGUUCAUUAUCCUAUUUCGUAGGUAUUUACUUUUUGACAAAAUUUAAAGAGCAUAUUAUAUCAACUGCUUAUCGUAAAAUUUGUCUUUCAUAUGCGAUAGUGCUAUUGAACUUGUUAUGAUGGACGGAAAUGUUUUAAGUAAUUGUGUAAAAUCGAUUUUUUUGUAUAAAAAUUGGAAAAUGAAAAAAUGUGUAAUUCAGAUAUGACUCCUCGUAAUGAACUAAUGACGUCAUACUGCAUUUUCGUUUGAAUUGAACCAUCUAAUCGGUGCAUCAUGAUGAAUGAGUAAAAUGAAGUUGAAAAAAAUUGCCCUAUUGCAUGUACCUAUUGUUCAGUACUGAGUAUUAUUCAGCUGUUUUUCCAACAAUUGAAAUGCAGCAGAGUAAAUAAAUGAUGUUUUCACGUUAAAUUUAUUUUUCAUCUAGAAAAAACGAAAAUAAAUAAAUAACUUAUCGGAUUUCACUCUUAUUUUAGAAUGGAAAAAUCUUACACAACGAAAAUGAUGAUAACUUUAAUGACAGGUUGAAGCAGGGUCGGAUUGGGAUUUCUCAAUAGGCAAGACUAUAGGCAGCUCUCUAGAGCACGAGCAUCAAAAUUAAAAAUUGAAGGGUGGCAAAAUUUUGAGGAAAACUAUUAAAAAUGAUAUUGUGGUUGUUUUCCGUGAAAAAAAUCGAAAUUUGAUGAAAAUGAAGUCUUAUCUACGCUUGAUUUCUGAUCACUCGAAUCGAUUCAUGAUAGUUUGAAGCCCCUGUGGAGCCUCUUUCAGCAGAUUCUUAGAUAGCCCGGUAAUAGAAGAAUUUAGGUAAAAAGUAAUAAAUCAAAUUUCAAUUUUCCAUCUUAAUUUCACUAAAUUUGCAUUUUACCAAAAUUUAAAUUACCUAUGUAACUUGAAAUUUAAAAAAAAAAAUAUAGGUACAAAAAAUUUAAAAAAAUUAAUGUAAUUCAACAUUUUUGUGUGCUCUUUCGACUUUUUUUGUUUCAUCUGAAAAUUGUUUGCUGCUUGGGAUACUUUUUGAAUUUUGAGGUGGGAAAGGAGGAGGCACGAGGCAGCAAAAGAAUGUUCGUCGGUUCGUCUAGAGGAAAUACUUAAAUCCAAUCCUGUUUUGGGUCGAAGCGAUAAAAUAUUUAUCAACAUUUACAUUCACAUAAUAUACAAAAUCAAUUCAAAUACUUAUAUAAUAUCUAAUAUUUGGUUUACCUAAUUUUAUCCUUAUUUUUAUAAAUUAAAUUAGCUAGCUGAUUAACACUACCGAACGUUUCUGUUCUAGUAUUACGACACAUAGUUAAUCUUGCUAUGUCUAAAUUAGGAUCACAGUCAACAAUAUGAAAAAUAUGGACUAGAUGAGGAUCAACUGAACGAAAAACACUGAUGUUUGUCGAAGUUAAAACAAAUUUCUCGAAUAAAUCAACGUCUUCUUUGCCCCAACCAACAAUUGAUGAAUCGAAGCUGCCAACCUGUAAUAAAAAUACACUGAUUAGCAUUUUGAGCAUUUACUUAUUAGUUAUUAAUGUAUCAAAAUUACGUUUUUUUUUUCUUCUAUCCUACCUUUAUAAUAUCUUCUUUAUAUGCACUCAUGAUACCAAACCCAAAUAACCUCCAAUAACCGGAUUCUUCGCUAAUAUUCAUAUGAUUGGGAGAUGAAAGCUGACCAUAUACCACAUUAGGAUCAUAUUCGCUGAACACAAUGGGGAAAUGAGCCACUUUAUUUUUAAUAGUAUUUAAACGGAUCCGUUGCAAUGCUGCUGAGCUCCAAAUCAUAUCAACGUCGAUGAAGAGCAACAAAUCAUCCAUAUUUACUUGAGUCAUGCCAAUAUCUAAGGCUUUUGCUCUAGCAAAUUUUUCCAUCACAGGAAUAAUUUUCAGUUUACUACUAGGAUAAGAAUUUUGUAAAUAUUCAACUAUUUUUUGGGUCUCACUCAAAGUAUUAUCGUCUUGGUCAUGGAAUAAAAUAAUGGAUAAUGUCACAUUUUCCUUUCUUUUCAAGCACACUUCUUCGUAAGUGUUGAUGAAUCUAACAAAUGCGCUUGAUCUUUUGUAUAAUGGUAGUAUAAAAUUAAUCUGUUUGUUUGGCACUCCUUCAUUAGCGUUAGGAUACUCGCCUCCUUUUAGAGAAACUACAUUAUCUCUGGUAACUUGAUUGUUUUCUUUAGCUACAUUUUGAGUUAUUUCUCUGGUUUCGAAAAUCUCGCGUAUUUCAAGACCUGUGAAAAAAAAACACCUACAAUACAAUUUGCACUGGCAACUUGACUUGCACAUUUGCACACAGGGUACUCUAUCGAGAGCAUGACAGGGGCAACAUAAUCAAAAUCACAAUUUUAGGUUGUGGAAGAAUCAACAGAGCUUUUAAUUUAUGAAUUAUGACCAGUUCAAGUUUUCCGACAUGGAAAAUGAAAAACAUCAUUCUACUCGUAUAAGAUGAGUUGAAUACAACUCUUUCAUUUCAUCCAAGUAAUCUAUUAAAAAUUCCAGAGCUCGUUGCUCUUGCUUCUUCAACACAACAGCAGGAUGAAAAUUAUGCAUUAGAAAAUUCAAAGUCAUUGUGUUAUUUUCAAGGUGCAAUAGUGCAUAUUCGUAGUUCAUUAUACGUAAAAACUGCAUUAAAUUCUACCUGUGAAUUGUUGCUGAAUGUACGCGUGUCUUCGUACAGGUACAGUCAUUUUUCUUCCUCUAUAUUUUUUAAACGUUAGUAACACAUCCAAUAUAUAAUCAGGCCCGUACAAUGGAUUCAGUCUAUGAUAUCCGUAUAAUAUUUGCUGAAAUUCAAUAACUCUGCCUCUUUCCCUGGAAAAUAAGUUGAUAUUAUCCAUCACCUGCAAGAACAAGGAGAAAAAAAAUAUAUAAAUUAAAUUCAGAAAUUGAACCAUUAGGUACGAAUCACUGGAGUAUAUGUACAUGAGUACCUAUAUCUAUAAUCUCUAAUGAUACUAGCAACUCGAGUUAACUUUUAAUUGCAAGACUCAAACCUACUUCUCUGAUCACAUCGUCAAGUCCUUCUUUUAGAUGAGAUUCGAUUUUUCUUCGAGGAUUUGAAUUUGCGUGAGAAAAUAACGAACGGCUGAUCAUUUCCCAAGGAAAAAUAUCGUCUUCAUUGCGCGGUUUGUAUUUAUUUAAAUCAGGAGACAAGCC